AUGAUUGGCGAUGACCAAGUUGUGAAACAGAGAACAGUCAGUGUUGCAGAUGAACAGAAUACUGCACAGGAUGAACCUUCAAAUUCCAAAAGGCAGACAAGCGAUGAAGAUGAUGAUGAACCGAUUGACUCAAUCACACCCGAUCUUCAGGCUGCUGAGAAACUACAGCAAGGUACAGGUCAUGUGCCUCCAGCAAUCAGUUUUCUGAACAAUUUCCUUCCACCACGUUGGGUAAACUGGACUGUACGAUUAUUUACUGCUAUUCUUCUCAUCUCAUCUUUCGCGCUUUUGAUUUAUUUGGGUCCAUUGGCGUUAGUGCUCAUGGUUUUAGCCAUUCAAUUAGCUUGUUUCAAUGAAAUAAUCAACAUUGGUUAUUUGGUUUAUCGAUCACAUGAUUUACCAUGGUUUCGACCAUUAUCGUGGUACUUUCUGUUCACAUCAAAUUAUUAUUUGUUCGGUGAAAGUUUAAUCACACGAUUUCGAUUGCUUUUAGCUAAGGAGGAUUUUCUCCAACCGUGGAUAACACACCAUCAAUUCAUUUCAUUCUCACUCUAUUGUGCAGGAAUUGUUGGAUUUGUUUUAAGCUUAGUGAAAAGACAUUAUAUUAAACAAUUCACACUGUUUGGAUGGACUCAUGUCACAUUGCUCAUCUUUGUGACCUCAUCAUACUUCUGCAUAGCAAAUAUUUUUAACGGAUUAAUUUGGUUCCUUUUGCCUGUCUGUCUGGUUAUAUGUAAUGAUAUUAUGGCAUAUGUGUUCGGAUUUUUCUAUGGAAAAACUCCUUUGAUUAAAUUAUCACCUAAAAAGACAUGGGAAGGCUUUAUUGGAGUUUGA